AUGGCCACGCAACCGGCCAACGCGAUGGCCACGCAACCAGCCAACGCAGCGGCCCCGCAAUCGGGGGAUGCGGUAGCUAUCCAACCAGUGAACAACCCGCACCCGGAUAGGGGCGCGAGUUGGUUAAAGGAUUUUAGGCGGUAUAACUCCCGUCCUUUUGUCGGUUCAAAGAAAGAUCCCACAGGGGCUCAGAUAUGGAUCGCAAACAUGGAAUUGACCUUUGAAUCAAUGAGAUGCCCUGAUGAAUUUAAGGUAGCAUGUGCGACAUAUGUUUUACAAAAAGAUGCAGAAGUGUGGUGGUCGGAUAAUAAACAGAGCAUCAACCCGGGCGAGGGAAUUACAACGUGGGAGACCUUGAAGGAAGCCUUUCUAAAAUACUAUUAUCCAAAGGAAACCCGUAUAAAGAAACAGCAAGAGUUUAACCACUUAACCCAAGGUGAUCGCACGGUGGAUCAGUACGAUCAGGACUUCAUGAGAUUGAGAAGGUUUGCACUGUCUUUAGCUGACACUAAAGAGAAACAGACAGAAAAAAUUUAUGUUAGGAUUGAAUCCGAAAACCUGCCGCAUGUUAGAGGCCUUUAA